AUGGCGAUGAAGAACCAGAUAUCAGAUUACGAGAACAGUCUGUACAAGAAGCUCAAGAGUGGAAAGCUCGAGGUGAAACUCACAUACCGCACUUUCCUGUGUCCUUAUUGCCCCAAGAAGAAGGUCGGUCUGUAUAUCGACAUCCUUCAGCAUGCUUCUGGAGUUGGUAAUAGCAAUUCCAAGAAAAGAAGCGUCACUGAGAAGGCAAGCCACCGUGCUCUUGCCAAAUACCUCAAGAAAGAUCUCGCAGACUACGCUGCCAUAUCCAAACGCUCUAAAGGCCCAGCAUCGUCCACGCCUGCAGAAACCAGCGAGGCUCCGAUAGCUUAUAAUGAUGAUCAGUUCGAGAAACUCGUGUGGCCUUGGAAAGGCAUUUUGGUUAAUAUUCCCACGAGGAUGACACAAGAUGGUCUGUGCUGCACUGGGGAGAGUGGACCACGGCUUAAGGAUGAAUUGAUCAGAAGAGGAUUCAACCCAAUUAGAGUUCGUACCGUGUGGGACUGUUUCGGCCAUUCAGGAGCAGGAAUAGUGGAAUUCAACAGAGACUGGAAUGGGCUUCACGAUGCUUUGCUGUUCAAGAAGGCUUAUCAAGAAGAUGGUCAUGGGAAAAAAGAUUGGCUUUGUGGUGCUGCUGACUCGAGCCUUUAUGCGUGGCUUGCCAAUACUGAUGAUUACUAUAGAGCGAACUAUGUAGGAGAGUACUUGCGGAAGAUGGGUGACCUCAAAAGUAUUUCUAGGUUUGCAGAAGAAGAGGCCAGGAAAGACCAAAAGCUUCUGCAGCGUCUGAACCUAAUCUUUACAAACAAACAAUAUCGGUUGAAGAUGGUAGAGGAAAAAUAUUCAAAAACUUCAAUCAUACUUAAGUUUGAGACUGAAGAAAAAGAUAAGCUUCUCCAUAGUUACAAUGAAGAUCUGAGGGGAAGACAACAAAAAUCGGCUGAUCACUUCAAUAGGAUCUUUGCUGAUCAUGAAAAGCAAAAGGCGCAGCUUGAGUCUCAGAUGAAGCAACUUGAAAUUAGGGAAUUGGAGUUAGCAAAACGUGAGGCAGAGAAUGAAACGCAGAGGAUGAUGGUGGCAAAAGAGCUUGAACAGAUUGCCGCUAAAUACAGUUCCGUUCAGCUAGCUGCCUUGGAAGAACAAAAGGCCAGAGAGAAACUGAAAAAGUUGGCUGGAGAUCACAAGAUGCAAAAGGAAAAGCUUCAUGACAGAAUUGCUGCACUAGAACGACAGCUCGAUCAGAAACAAGAGCUUGAACUGGAGGUUGAACAACUGAAAGGACAGUUGAGCUUGAUGAGGCACAUGGAACUGGACGGUGGUAUCGAAAUUGUGAACAAGGUGGAAACGUUACUCAGAGAACUUAGUGAGAAGGAAGGAGAGCUUUCACACGUAAACAAAUUUAAUCAAGAACUUGUUGUUCGGGAGCGGAAGACCAAUGAUGAGCUUCAAGAAGCUCGAAGAGCACUGAUAAGCAAUUUGAGAGACAAGAGAUCGUAUAUCGGUGUAAGGAGAAUGGGGGAGCUUGACACGAAACCGUUCAUAGAAGCAAUGAGAAGAAAGUAUUGUAAAGAAGAUUUAGAGGAUUGGGCAGUUGAAGUUAUCCAGCUCUGGGAGGAAUACCUGAAGGACCCAGAUUGGCAUCCUUUCAAACGGAUAAAGCUUGAGACUGCAGAGACAGUAGUGAUAAAAAUAUGUUUCUCAAGUGUUAGCAGCAGAGGACCUGCAGAUUUGGAGAUGGACAAUCAGUCUGAGGACUAUUCGUUGAACCCAUUGUAG